AUGCUGCAUCCCAACAAUACCCAGUUCCACUCUCCUUCCUUCCUUCUGAUGGGCAUUCCAGGGAUGGAAGAUAUACGUAUCUAGAUAGGUUUCCCUUUCUUUGCAGUGUAUCUAAUAGCCCUCCUGGGGAACAUCACUAUCCUCUUUGUGACCAAGACUGAACACAGCCUCCACCAACCCAUGUUUUACUUCCUGGCCAUGUUGCCCUGCACUGAUCUUGGCCUGCCCACAGCCACCAUCCCCAAGAUGCUAGGCAUUUUCUGGUUCAAUCUCAGGGACAUUGUAUUUGGUGCUUGCAUCACACAAAUGUACACUAUCCAUGUAUGCAUUGGCCUAGAGUCUGUGGUGCUGACAGUUAUGGCCAUCAAUCACUAUGCCAUCUGCAACCCCCUGAGAUACAGCAUGAUCCUUACCAAUAAAGUAAUAGCCAUUCUAGGUACAGUCAUCAUAGUCAGGACUUUGGUGUUUAUGACUCUGUUUAUAUUUCUUAUCCUGACGUUGCCUUUCUGUGGUAUGCGGAUUAUCCCCCACACCUAUUAUGAACACAUGGUCUUACCAAAAUUGGCUUGUGCCAGUAUUAGGGUCAAUGUUAUAUAUUGCUUGAUUGCUUUCUCAGUGGGAUACAUUGACCUUUCUGUGAUUGGAUUUUCUUAUGUUCAAAUCCCCCAAGCAGUCUUCCAUCUCCCAUCCUGGGAUGCCAGGCUCAAGGCUCUGAGAAAAUGUAGCUCCCAUGCAUGUGUCAUGUUAGCUUUCUACCUGCCAGCCCUCUUCUCCUUCAUGACACACUGACUUGGUCACAACCUCCCACAUUAUAUCGACAUACUUCUGGCCAAUCUGUAUGUGAUUGUUCCCCCUGCUCUUAACCCUAUAAUCUAUGGGGUCAGACCAAAACAAAUGAGAGAAUGUGUACUAAGGAUUCUUAACCCCCAAAGUAAUUGA